AUGACUGUUACUAGAUUAGAAGAUCUACCGAAUGAAUUGUGGUUAGAACUUUUCGUCUAUUUCACAUGGUCGGAACUAAAUUCAACAUGGUUUCAAUGGAAAUUUAAUAAACGUAUUCAAAUGAUAGCUGAAGUAGCGCGGAAUCGAGUUGCUUUGUCACUCUCGUCGAUGUCGUUUACAACGUACGGUCAAUGUUUGCAUUAUUUCGAACAUGAACAUCCAAUGAUCGCUUAUCGUAUAACUUCUCUUUUGCUAAAUGAAUCAGCUGUAUCAAAUGAAAUUAUUAAUCGAUGGCUUGAAAAUGAUACAUCUUUUCUUCCACGUAUUCGACAAUGUACAGUCUAUAUAGAUCUCGUUAAUAGAUCUGUUCGCGCAAAUGUUAUUCUCCUUAUUCGUCGACAUGCAUCGAUAUUACGUCGUAUUGUAUUUUAUUUCGAAAGAGUCGAUAGAUAUUAUUCUAUAUUGAAAAUGAUCAUCGAACAAGGCAUUUCUCUGCAUACAAUGCAAUUUAUCAUUAUUGGAGGUAAAGAAAUAUGUUUUUGUUGA